ACCGCGCAGAACAUCACGAUCAGGCCCUUGCCUUGUCCGGGUUAUUUUUUCUCCUUCGACGCGCAAGUCAGCCCGAAUUACGAGAUGGUUUUCGCGAUGCAGUUCUUUUCGGGCUUAGUUACGCACACGAUUACGACAGGCGUGUGUGGUCUCACAGCUGUCCUGGUGAUGCAUGCUUGUGGUCAGCUGAAAAUACUGAUGAAUCUGAUGAGACAUUUUGUCGAGGAACAGUCGCAUGAGAGACAAAGUAUUGAUCGGAAGCUGGCAGAAAUGGUCGAAUAUCAAAUACGAAUACGAAAUUUUUUGCGUUUAGUGGAGCACACUAUGCAACAAGUAUGUUUGAUAGAAUUAAUGGGUUGCACGUUAAUCGUCUGCAUUCUAGGAUAUUGUAUAAUAAUGGAAUGGGAGAACAGCAACGCAAUAGCUAUGUGCACUUAUUUCAUAACACUAAUAUCCAUUAUGAUAAAUGUAUUUAUGUUUUGUUACACUGGUGAACAACUUACCAUUCAGGCGGAAAAAGUAGCUAUUACGUCGUGCGAGCUUGAGUGGUACCGUCUUCCGGACAGGAAAGCACGUGGCAUUGUGCUUGUGAUGAUUAUGUCCAACUCGCCAACCAAGAUCACCGCCGGAAAAGUCGUGGACCUAUCCUUCAAAACAUUUGGUGACGUGGUCAAAGCAUCUAUGACAUAUUUUAAUAUGCUUCGAAACGUAACCGAUUGA